CGCACGCCCCGCCCCAUCUGCGGAGCCCCGAGUGGGGAACUGCGCGCGCAGGGCACGCUCAAUGACGCCGGCCGUGCUCUGUUACGUCACCGCCGGAAGCGGCGUCCUGCGAUCUCUGUCCUGGGGCUGCGCUGGAGCUCCGCGCCGGCCAUGAGCAAGCGGAAGGCUCCGCAGGAGAGCCCCAACGAGGGCAUCACCGACUUCCUCACGGAGCUGGCCAAUUACGAGCGCAACGUGAACCGUGCCAUUCACAAGUACAACGCGUACAGGAAAGCCGCCUCGGUUAUUUCCCGGUACCCGAGCAAGAUACGGAGCGGGGCCGAAGCCAAGAAGCUGGAUGGAGUAGGUGCUAAAAUAGCUGAGAAGAUAGAUGAGUUCUUAUCCACUGGAAAACUACGCAAAUUGGAAAAGAUUCGACAAGAUGAUACAAGUGCAUCUAUCAAUUUCCUGACACGAGUUACUGGCAUUGGUCCUGCUGCUGCUAGGAAGUUUGUCGAGGAAGGAAUUAAGACUUUAGAAGAUCUAAGAAGAAAUGAGCACAAGCUGACCCAUCACCAGCGGAUCGGGCUAAAACACUUAUAUUUUUAUAUAUGCAGAUAUUUUGAAGAUUUUGAGAAAAGAAUCCCAAGGGAAGAAAUGCUGCAAAUGCAGGAAAUUGUGCUGAAAGAGGUAGAGAAGCUGGACCCAAACUAUAUUGCUACAGUCUGUGGCAGUUUUAGACGAGGCGCAGAGUCAAGCGGUGAUAUGGAUGUUCUCAUAACCCAUCCGAGUUUCACAUCUGACUCAUCCAAACAGUCAAGACUUCUGCACCAAGUUGUAGAACAACUGGAAAAAGUCCACUUUGUCACAGAUAUGCUGUCUAAAGGUGACACCAAAUUCAUGGGUGUCUGUCAGCUGCCAGAUAAAGAAGAUGGAACAGCCUAUCCACACAGGAGAAUUGAUAUUCGGCUUGUCCCCAAAGAUCAGUAUUACUGUGGUGUACUGUAUUUCACAGGAAGUGAUAUAUUCAAUAAGAACAUGAGAGCUCAUGCACUGGAAAUGGGCUUCACGAUCAAUGAGUACACAAUCCGUCCCUUGGGUGUCACCGGAGUGGCCGGGGAGGCCCUACCAGUCGAAUCCGAGGAAGACAUCUUUGAUUAUAUCCAGUGGAAAUACCGAGAGCCAAAGGACCGGAGUGAAUAACAAUGUGUAGUGAUGAUUAAAUCCUGUAAGAUCACCUUUUGAUCUCUCUCCCUCCCUCCCACCUUCUUAAAGCUGAUGAAAACACUGUGUUGAACUGAUACAUUAAUUAUUAGGUCCUCUAGCUGUCUCUAUGGGGGUUUCUGUAUUGUGGGACUACUUAGACUGACUUGAAUCAUAAAACAAAGAUGGAUGCAAUACUGUUUCUUAUUUUUAUCUGACUGAAGCCUGCAGACCAACUACAUUUUUACUUGUUUUUAUAUAAUUAGUGUUGAUCAGUCUUAGUAAUGGAGACUAUAGACUGAUAUUCUUGCUUAUUCCUUUAUUUUAAUCCGUUUCUCCUAUUGGGAAUUUAAUUAUUUUCUCAGAUUGUCCCCUAGCCCUAAUGCAUGCAGUGGUUUGUAAAGUGACUAGAAGGUAAUCUGGAACUAUGUGAAAUCUUCUGAUGCCUCAUAGUAAAAAUGUAUAUAGCUGAUGUAGUCAGUGUUUUCUUCAGUAAUCAGCGGGAAUAAACAAAGUGAGAAUUCCA